CCCAUGGCUCCUUUUCACAUUUGCCAGUUCCAGGAGAGAGAUCGCAAAAGGGUCCUGGUCUUGUUUUCCCAGGGCAUGGAGGAGCACAUCUCUGCCACCUUCUACCACACACUCAUGCUGCCCAGAACCCUCCUGCUCCUACUUGGGGCACCCCUGGCUCUAGUCCUGAUGUCUGGUUCCUGGCUCCUGGCAAUUCUAUGCACCUUCUGUCUGCUCCUUUCCCUGUGGCUCCUUGCUAGAUACCCCUGGAGGAACUAUGUGGACACAUGUUUGCGUGCAGACAUGGCUGACAUCACCAAGUCCUACCUGAGUGGUCGUGGCUCCUGCUUCUGGGUGGCAGAAUCUGGUGAACAGGUAGCAGGCAUUGUGGGUGCUCUGCCAGUCAAGGAUCCACUGUUAGAGAGGAAACAGCUGCAGCUCUUCCACCUGUCUGUGUCCUUGCAGCAUCGAGGACUGGGGAUAGCAAAAGCCUUGGUGAUAACUGUCCUCCAGUUUGCACGGGACCAGGGCUACAGUGAAGUGGUCCUUAUCACCACUAAUAUACAGCAUGGUGCUGUUGGCCUCUAUCAGGGCAUGGGCUUCCAGAAAACAGGAGAACCCUCUAAAAUUAUCCUGAGUCUAUUGGCUAUUUCUAGAAUUCAUUUCAUGUAUCCCUUGUCUUCUGCUCAGGGAAAGAGACUGUGA